AUGUCUCAACGUACUCGUUUCGGAAAAGCAUCAGCCGCCUCAAACAAGUCUCCAUCGAAAUCAAAGGCAAAAUCUCGAAUGAAAAAAACAUCCAACAAGAAAGUCUCACCGACUAAACGUCAUAAUGAAUCGACUUCGACUAAUCUCACUCAACCGAGACAGAAACGACUUUCUAGUCUGACUGCAGCUGCAUUAGUUCACUAUUGUACAAGUAUUCUUUCACCCGCAAGAAAAGUUACACAUGCCAAGAAAACUUCGCCGAAAAAUACAACUGUACCUGAUCGUAAACGAAAGAUUUCCAAUGUUUCGUCAAAAUCUGAAACAAAAAAUAUACCAGCUGAUAUUCAGACACGUACGCGUCGAGAAGCUAGUUUGCGUGCAUCAGCAAUGAUCAUACAACAUAAUGAAAUUGAGCGUAGUCGUUACAACUAUACACUCGCUAACAAUCAAACCACAUCAGGAACUCGACGGCAGCGUACGCGAAGUGGCUUGAAUAGCAAAACGACAAGUCCAACUGAAGAACCGAAACAAAUUCCGAACGAACAAUUCAAAUUUAACAUUCCAUCUGUACCACCACUUCCCAUUCCUGUACCAUCGAUAACUACCGUAUCCAAUCAAAGUGAUCAUACUCAAUCAUCGCCCUCGGUAAUUGCGAAGCCAACUGACCAGGGCUCUUCGUCAAGUGUCAAAUAUCCAUCCUUAACUGAAGCAGUUCUAGCAGAACAUGAUCGUUUAAAUGAAACUCUACCGUCCUAUCAUACAAUAAAACACGAUAAUCUAAUCAAAUGGACACAAGAAUUGGCACUCUGUGGUCGACUAUCACCACAUGACUUUCAUAUUGAGUCUAUGGAUGAUAUAACAGACAGUCAAUCUCUUAAAAUGCAUGGUAAUACCAAGGAAAUAUCAAUUUCGUCAAUGACGGAUUCCAUACUUUCGACAGAAUCGCUAACGAAUCAUCCUGUACCAGCUCCAUCGUUUAUCUUUCCAUCAACUGGCUAUCCUCUCGAUUUACGUUCGUUCUAUCCUCUUUUGCCUUGUUGGCAAUAUCCGGCUUGGUCUUAUCAAUCUUCCGCAUCAUUGUUUCAACCAACACCGAAUAAAAUACCAGCGAAGAAAUCAUUGUCGUUCAAUUCCAAACCCAAACCGACAGUUUCUACACGUAAACCCAAUCAAGAUUUAUCGUCAACAUCGAAAAACGAAGCAUUGACAUUCCACUUACACACACAUCAUCAUCAUCAUAUACACAAUUCCAACUCAACCUCACUCUCCAAAUCAUCCAAUCGUACAAAAACGACCACCAUACCGUUAUCACCCGACAAACCAUCUUGUUCUUUACUUAAUCCUAAAGAACAACUCGUGGAGAACAAAGUUAUUCUACCCUUGAGUGUUAACAAUGUUGUACACAAAGAAUAUCCAUCAAUAACGGAAGAUGAUGUUUUGAAUCUUUCGAUAAAUAAUAAUAAUAAAUCGAAUGUCAACCAAGAAAAUGGAACGACGAAGAAAACGACACGAAGAAAAUCGUCUCCAGUGAAAAGGCGUGUUACUACUAGUGGAGUCAAACUCGAAACAACGCCCAUUAACACGGAAAUCUUAUCACCAAGGAAAGCUUUAGAUCAUAAUCAAGCGAAUGUUAUUCAACCGGUAUCGAAUCAGUUGUCGAUUAUUGAACAAAAAGUUGUUCGGCGCUCUAUUAAACGUCGAAGCGUAUCCGCUGCUGCUGUAACUUCGAUGACUGUAGUAUCUCCAACACGGCGAAGCUUGCGUGGAAAUCGUACGAUAUCUGCAUCAAGUGUUCCAUCGCGGUCGAAAUCUUCGUUAAAUCGAAAACGAUCGUAUUCACCAGUCUCCCACACUUCACUCUCGCCGAAUAAACGAAAAAAACCAAAAAUUUCCUAUUAUUGGGCUUUGUUUGGGAAAUCGUCGCGACAACUUGUUUCUGUUCAUGCUGAUAAACCACCUGUCUUUCGUGAAUGUUAUUCAUCCAUCCGACAUAUAACAGAAAAAGAUGUGAUCAAGUCCAACGAUUGUGUUAUCCUACGCCCUGAAAGUGGUAAACAUAAUGGUGCUACACCAUACCUAGCAAAAGUGAAAUGGUUUUGGGAAGAGCCAACAUCAGGUGAAAUUCAAAUGUCAUUGCUUUGGUAUUAUCAUCCAGAACAUACGGAACUUCCUGCACGUGUGAAAGGACGAUUCUUAUUCAAUGAACUCUUGGCAUCCAAGUACUCAGAUUGUGUGAAUGUUGCAUGUAUCGAAGAUAAAUGCUAUGUUCUAAAUUUAAACGAAUACAAUCGAUAUUGUCUUCGUGAAGCGUCGCCAAACCUCUUUGAACAUUCUGAAAGUGUUGGACAAUUGAAAAAUUUAUUAAAUAAAAACACUUCGUCUGUUCAUCAUCGACCCUUACCGGCGAAAACGGUCGGUAGCCAAAACGUAUUUUUUUGCCGUUAUGUGUACGAUUAUCGCGCGAAACGCAUUUCCAAAAAUCCAAGUCUGACGAAUCCAAAUACAACAAUGACUUCGAACUCGUGA